AACCCAAAAAUAUCCCGCCGAAUUCCUCCGCCAGUGCCCGCCACUUUCCCCUCCCCUCCCAUCUCCCCGCGCCGCGCACCGCCGGAGCCGAUGGAUCCGCAGGCGGCGGAGGGGCAGGACGCGGCGGCGGCGGUGCUGGGCGCGGACCCGGCGCCGCUGACGGCGCUGCUGGGGGACCUGGCGUCGCCGGCCAACGAGGCGCGGUCGCGGGCGGAGCGGACGUUCCACGCGCUGCGGGCCUCCCACCCGGACCCGCUCGCGCUGCGCCUCGCCCACCUGCUGCUCUCCCCGGCGCACCCCGCCGCGCCCAUGGCCGCCGUGCUCCUCCGCCGCCUCAUCUCCCCGGGCUCCCAGGCCUUCGUCUACCCGGCGCUCGCGCCCGCCACGCAGUCCUCGCUCCGCGCGCUGCUCCUCUCCGCCGCCUCCGCGCCCGGCCUCUCCAGGUCAAUCUCGAAGAAGCUCUCCGACGCCGUCGCCGAGCUCGCCACCCACCUGCUGCCCUCCGGCUCCUGGCCCGACCUCCUCACCUUCCUCUACAAGUCUGUCGCCUCCCCGUCCUCGCCCCCCGCGCUGCAGGAGUCGGCGCUCAACACCCUCGCCAGGCUCGCCUCCCACCUCGCCGCCGGCUUCCCCGACCUCCACGCGCUCCUCCUCGCCGCGCUCUCGCACCCCUCCUCCGCCGACGUCCGCGUCGCCGGCCUCAACGCCGCCAUCAGCGUCAUCCAGUCCCUCCCCUCCGCCGCCGACCGCGACCGGUUCCAGGACCUCCUCCCCGCCAUGAUGCGCGCCCUGGCCGAGUCGCUCAACUGCGGCAACGAGGGCUCCGCGCAGGAGGCGCUCGAGAUGAUGAUUGAGCUCGCUGGCCUGGAGCCGCGCUUCCUCCGCCGCCAGCUGCCCGACGUCGUCGCCUCCAUGCUGCAGAUUGCCGAGGCCCCUGGAUUGGAGGAUGGCACACGCCACCUCGCUGUCGAGUUCGUUGUUACCCUUGCCGAGGCGAGGGAGCGUGCGCCUGGGAUGAUGAGGAGGCUGCCACGGUACGUCGGCAGGCUCUUUGCGGUGGUCAUGAACAUGCUGCUUGAUGUCCAGGAUGAGCCGGCAUGGUACGCCGCAGUGUCCGAGGAGGAGGACGCUGGGGAAACUGGAAGCUUUGUUUUUGCACAGGAGUGUCUUGACCGGCUUGCAAUUGCUGUUGGUGGCAACACCAUCUUGCCUGUGGCUGCUGAGUUGCUCCCAUCGUUUAUCGGUGCUGAAGAGUGGAAGAGACGGCAUGCGGCACUCAUGACGAUAUCACAGAUUGCAGAAGGCUGUGCUAAGGUGAUGACUAAGAAUCUCGAUCAGGUAGUUGGGAUGGUGCUCAAUUCUUUCAAUGAUCCUCACCCUCGGGUGAGGUGGGCAGCAAUCAAUGCAGUAGGGCAGCUUUCGACGGACUUGGGGCCUGAGUUGCAGAACAAGUUGCACCAUGUUGUACUCCCUGCGUUGGCUUCAGCCAUGGAUGAUUCCGAGAACCCACGCGUACAGGCACAUGCAGCUUCUGCAAUUCUGAACUUCAGCGAAAAUUGCAGACCUGAAAUUUUAACUCCAUACUUGGACGUGAUAGUCGGCAAACUUCUCCUGUUGCUUCAGUCUGGAAGCCAAAUGGUGCAAGAAGGUGCUUUGACCGCUUUAGCGUCAGCUGCAGAUUCUUCACAGGAACACUUCCAAAAAUAUUAUGAUGCAGUCAUGCCAUAUCUCAAGGCUAUACUCAUGAAUGCAACUGAUAAAUCAAGCAGAAUGUUGCGUGCCAAAUCAAUGGAAUGCAUAAGUUUAGUUGGUAUGGCUGUUGGGAAACAGAAAUUUAGGGAUGACGCUAAGCAGGUUAUGGAAGUUUUGAUGUCACUGCAAGGAUCUCACAUGGAGGCUGAUGACCCAAUAACGAGUUACAUGCUGCAAGCAUGGGCAAGACUUUGUAAGUGCCUUGGUCAGGAGUUCCUCCCCUACAUGAGUGUUGUUAUGCCCCCUCUACUUCAGUCUGCUCAGCUUAAACCAGAUGUGAGCAUCACUUCUGCAGGCGAGGAUGGUGAAUCUGAUGAUGAUGGUGUUGAGACUAUUACCCUGGGAGAUAAGAGGAUUGGCAUCAGGACCAGUCUCCUGGAGGAGAAAGCAACAGCAUGUAGUAUGCUCUGUUGCUAUGCUGAUGAGCUCAAGGAAGGGUUUUUCCCAUGGAUUGAUCAGGUUGCAACUACUCUGGUACCUCUCCUCAAAUUCUAUUUUCAUGACGAAGUUAGGAAGGCAGCUGUUUCAGCGAUGCCUGAGCUUCUGCGUUCAGCAAAAUUGGCAGUAGAAAAAGGCCAAGCUCAAGGCCGGGAUAAUUCUUAUCUUAAGCAACUAUCUGAUUACAUAGUUCCAGCUCUUGUAGAGGCUAUGCAUAAAGAACCUGACACACAAAUUUGUGCAAGCAUACUGGAGUCAUUGAACGAGUCAAUUCAGAUGUCAGGAACACUUCUCGAUGAAGGCCAGGUUAGAUAUAUAGUGGAGGGAAUCAAAGAAGUAAUAACAGCAAGCUCUAAUAGGAGGACAGAACGAACAGAGAGGGCGAACGCUGAAGACUUUGAUUCAGAAGAAGACGAGCUACUGAGGGAAGAAAACGAACAGGAGGAUGAAAUAUUUGAUCAAGUUGGCGAUUGUUUGGGCACUCUGGUCAAAACUUUUAAGACUUACUUCCUUCCAUUCUUUGAUGAACUCUCUGUCUACUUGACACCUAUGUUGGGCAAGGAUAAGACAUCAGAAGAAAGAAGAGUCACCAUUUGCAUUUUUGAUGAUGUUGCAGAACACUGUCGAGAAGCAGCAGUUAGGUAUUAUGACACAUAUCUUCCUUCUCUGUUAGAAGCCUGCGCAAGUGAAAACCCAGAUGUUAGACAGGCUGCAGUUUAUGGUAUUGGCAUCUGUGCUGAGUUUGGUGGUUCUGCAUUUAGGCCUCAUACUGGGGAGGCACUGUCCAGAUUAUACGAUGUAAUCAAACAUCCUAAUGCAUUGGAUUUGGACAAUGCAAUGGCAUAUGACAAUUCUGUUUCCGCUCUUGGAAAGAUAUGUCAAUUUCAUCGUGAUAGCAUUGAUGCAUCUCAGGUCAUUCCUGCUUGGUUAAGUUGUUUGCCAUUGAAAAAUGACCUAGUUGAGGCCAAGAUUGUCCAUGAACAGAUGUGUGCAAUGCUUGAGAAGUCCGACAGUGAGCUUUUGGGCCAUAAUAAUCAACAUCUUCCAAAGAUUGUAUCUACUUUUGCAGAGAUCUUGUGUGCAGGCAAGGAUCUGGCAACAGAACAGACUGCUAGCAAGAUAGUUAAUCUGCUAAGACAGCUCCAAACCACUCUGCCUCCUUCAGUACUUGCCUCGACAUGGUCUACUCUUCAGCCACAGCAACAGCUCGCGUUACAAUCUGUAUUGACAUCAUAGCUAACCAGAAUGGCAUCAAUCGUGUUACACAUGGAAUUCAAAGUUUACCUUUUUUUCCUUUCUUCUUGUGUUCCAUUCACAUGUUUUUUGUGCUUGGGUUGCUGGGGUUUGUGCAGCAUACAAAUGCCCUGGGCUUUUGUACCAAGGGCAAGGUUUGCAUCAGGUGUGUAUAUUUUAUUGCGGAGUGAUGUGUGUGAGGCUGGGAUGUCUCCACAUUGCCGCAGCAAGGUUGUAAAGUUACAUAUUUGGCUAGUGAUGUUAGUUGGGUCGAAACAGUUGUAAAUUAACAACAAUUUUGAUCGUUGAUGGUUGAUGUCGUAAUCAUUCUCUGAACA